AUGGCCUUAUACGACGCCUCUCGGCGCUUCUCCUCUUAUCUCGGGAACACGAAAGCCUUGGCCAGACAUCCCCACACACCCCGCUACGUCAGAGGCAGACCCGCCGAAGUUCAUGUUUUGUGCGACUGGGCAGAUUUCGAACAAGCUUUGGAAGAGGAGACCCAACUUGGCAUCGCCAUAUCCUUCACAGGUUACGCAGACGACCGAGCGCGGCACACGCUGUGCAAACCUGACAAAUCUCCGCACUUGCCCUCUUUUGAGCGUGGUGACUAUGGCGGUAUACUCCGGCUUAUGCUUCUGUCCGGUCAGGACAUUGUCGGCAUUUAA